AUGACAUCAGAAGAUGAACCGCCCAAGUUCAGCAAGGUGGAAGACAUGGCCGAGCUCACCUGCCUGAGCAGAGGCCUCUGUGCUGCACAACCUCAAGGAGAGAUAUUACUCUGGCCUCAUCUACAAGAGAUUGUGGAUAUGUACAAGGGCAAGAAGAGGCAUGAAAUGCCCCCCCAUAUUUAUGCCAUCACUGACACGGCCUACAGGAGCAUGAUGCAGGACCAGCUCGUUCCUGUCACAUGUGAGUUACCCCCCCACAUCACCCCCUUCCUUCCUCUCCCAUCACACAUCUCUGGAUCUCCUCCUCCACACCCUUCCUCCCUCUCCUUGGCUCUGCACAUCUCUCCUUCCUCCCCCGUGCUGCUGGAGCGUGCUCUGGGAGCUGGAGCACAGCUGCUGCAAUAUUCACUAUUCUCUCUCUCCCAGGGAAAAUUCAUCAGGAUUAACUUCGAUGUCAACGGAUACAUCGUGGGGGCCAACAUUGAAACCUACCUGCUGGAGAAGUCCCGUGCCAUCCGCCAGGCCAAAGACGAGAGGACCUUCCACGUCUUCUAUUACAUGCUCACUGGUGCUGGAGACAAACUGCGCUCCGAGCUGUGUCUGGAGGGCUACAACAACUACCGCUUCCUGGUCAAUGGAAACGUGACCAUCCCUGGCCAGCAGGAUAAGGACCUGUUCACCGAGACCCUGGAGGCCUUUAGGAUCAUGGGCAUUCCAGAGGAUGAGCAGAUUGGUCUGCUGAAGGUGGUGUCUUCCGUGCUCCAGCUGGGCAACAUGAGCUUUAAGAAGGAGCGCCAUUCAGACCAGGCCUCCAUGCCUGACGACACGGGUACAGCAAACCUUUAUGUGGGCUGGUUUGAUCAUGACAAGGAGAUCCUAGUAUCU